AUGACAGAAUUAACGAAACCCUCAACAUCGAGGACCAAUACUGAAAGGGUGUCGGUGACUUUUGCCGAUGAUGUUGAGGGAGUAGUGUCAAGAAGGAGUUCAUCAAGGUUGUCGAUAAUGGAAAACAUGCAGUUGCCUAAUGAGACUGCGGUUGUGCAAGACUCAGAUGAAGAAGAUUAUUCAGCAAGUGUAAAUGCCAUCAUACAACGUAGAGCAUCAACUAGGAGAUCCAAAAGAAGAAGGGAUAGUAGAAGAGCUAGUUCGCCUUAUACACCAGACGUACUGCCCUCAACAGAAAAUGACAGAAGAAGAUCGUCAGCUUUCACAACUAGUUCUGGCGACACUGCAAUAACAGUUGAAGAUUCAGUUCAAGCCGCUUCUCAAGAGCAAAUUUUCGAGAACAUUAAAAUUCACAAAGAAGUUCUGCAAUAUGUCAAAAUGCAGCCUUGGGAUAUGAGGAAAAAGCUGAAGUUAGUUAUUCAGGCUAAAGCAUACAUAAAGAGACAUGAGGGUGCCCUUCAAGAAAGGCUAGCAAAUAGUGGAUCGACCAAAGAUAGGUUGGCAAGGUUCUACAUCUAUUUUUUGAAGAAUUGGCAGAAAUUUCGCAGAGAAUUGAGCAAUACAUCGAACUGGUUCAUCCCAUGGGAACAGAAAAUCAAGGAAAUCGAAUCGCAUUUUGGAUCGGUUGUUGCAUCCUAUUUCCUAUUUUUGCGAUGGCUUUUCUGGGUGAAUAUAGUGAUUGCUGGAAUCCUGCUGUGUUUUGUAACAGUACCAGAGCUGUUCACUGCAGAUCCAAAAGAAGCAGGUGAUAGAAAGGUAAUUCUACCAGAAGAAAAAUACUCAUCGACCAACUUCCUCACUCUGUGGGAUUUCAAAGGGUAUUUUGAGAUAUCACCACUGUUUUAUGGCUGGUACACGAAUAAUGAUGAUAGUAAAAGAAGAUACAGACUCCCCUUGGCGUAUUUUAUAACUGGAUUGGUAGUUUAUGCUUACAGCUUUUUCGCAACACUGAGAAAAAUGGCGAAAAAUUCAAGGAUGUCCAAAUUAUCGGAAAAGGACGACGAAUGUAUUUUCUCUUGGAAAUUGUUCACUGCUUGGGAUUACAUGAUCGGUAAUUCAGAAGCAGCUCAUAAUAGGGUUGCUUCAAUUGUUAUGGGCUUCAAGGAGGCCCUCUUGGAAGAAGCUGAGAAAAAGAGAGAAGUGAGAAAUUGGAAAAUAACUUCUGCCAGAGUUUUUGUGAAUUUCGUCAUUCUUGGGUUAUUCACAUGUUCUGCUGGUAGUGUGGUAUAUCUUGUGAAACGUUCCACUGAAGAGGACGGCCAGAGGACUUUUUGGAGAAGUAAUGAAUUGACCAUUGUUAUGAGUCUCAUAUCGCUAAUAUUCCCCAUGCUCUUCGACGCUAUGGGGUAUUUAGAGAGGUAUCAUCCAAGGAAACAAUUGAGGAUCCAGUUAGCAAGAAUCAUGGUUCUGAAUCUUCUCAAUUUGUAUUCCCUGAUUAUUUCGCAGUUCGACAAAAUACACGGAAUGAGUGGUGAAAUGACCGGUUACUUCAACAACCUCACGUCGCACAAGAACUUAGAAGUCAUCGAUGGUGAUUUCGAGAGACCUCCUAACAUCCCAAUUGAUAGAGAUGUUGUCUAUUGCUUUCGAAAAUGCUACAUCAAUAGCACAAAAGCUAGUAAACCUUUACUUAUAGCUUCUCUAAUUUUGAACUCGUCCAUCCUCAACCAAGAUAAUAUGUCCACCCCCAACUAUAGCAAAGAAUCGUCAACACCUAGUAUUACUCCAUCCAUACUCCUAGAAGACAAUUCUGGGGAUGAUUAUCCGAAUUACAAUGAAUAUUUUGCUCAGGAUGGGGAAACAGGAUCUUCUGUAGAUGAUAGACUUAACCCAUUGAUCCCAACGCUCUUAACCACCGAUAGCUUGGAAACUUCUGAAGAUUAUACUACCUGGUCAACAGAAAUUGAUGAAAGUGCAUCUUCCACGAUAUACAACAAGCAUUAUUUUCAUGAUGAAUUGAAUGAAGAAGAUGAGAAAAACAAAUAUACUGAUUAUUUAACUUAUAUUUUAUCUGUUGUUGACAGAAAUGCUACUCAUUUAAAAUAUGAAAACAAACCCUGGACUAUAUCGGAAGAAUCUAUAUAUUCUUCAUUAACUACUCUAGACGUCGAAUCGUCUUCUUUAAACGAAGAAAUAGUAACAUCUGAACAUUUUGGAGACUCAACAGUGAGUUCCACUGUGACUCAUACAAUAGCCAAUGAGCGACACUUCCAUACUCAAAAAACAGCUGCAACCGAAGAGGAUUUAGUGUCAGCAAGUACAGCUAAUUCAAAUCUAUCAUCUACGACUGUUGCACCUAAAGAACAACCAUGCGAAACUCCAUCUGAACCUAUCGAAAGUGCUCCUCUUUGUGAGUGGGUAUGUGAAGAAGAAAAACCAAUUAACAUGACUGAAGUGGGCUAUCUCAUUCGUAAAAUGAACAAUACUGACAGGAAAAAAUUACGGGGCCUAUGUUGGGAGACCAUGUUUGGUCAAGAUCUGAUCAAACUAACAGUGAUGGAUCUCAUCAUGACCUUCUUAUCAACUAUGGCUGUAGACUUCUUCAGAGCAGUAUUUGUAAGGGUCAUGAACAAUUGUUGGUGCUGGGAUCUGGAGAAAGUAUUUCCGAAAUACAGCGACUUCAAAGUGGCUGAGAAUAUUCUUCAUCUCGUUAACAAUCAAGGGAUGAUUUGGAUGGGGUUGUUCUUUUCUCCUGGUCUGGCUGUUGUGAAUGUGGUCAAAUUGUAUAUGUUGAUGUAUCUGAGAGCUUGGACUGUCCUCACUUGUAACGUUCCUCCAGAGGUUAUUUUCAGAGCAUCCAAGUCCAACAACUUUUACUAUGCCCUAUUGCUGAUGAUGCUUUUUCUGUGCGUGCUUCCGGUGGGGUAUGCAAUGGUUGUCAUAAAACCCUCUUGGUAUUGUGGCCCCUUUUCUGGUUAUAAAAGAAUGUACACCAUUUUAACUGAAACAAUAACUAAGAUAACGCCACGAUCUUUCGAUCAUGCUCUCCAAUACAUAGUUUCCCCUGGCAGUAUCAUACCUCUUCUUGUUCUCCUCAUCCUCAUCAUAUAUUACUUGACAUCUCUCACAAGUUCCCUAAGAGAAGCAAACAUAGAAUUAAAGCUCCAAUUGAGGAGAGAAAGGACUGAAGAAAGGAGAAAAGUUUUUCAGUUGGUUGACAGAAGAAGACGAGUUGGCUCUGCUGGUUCAGAUCCUAAUAAUCCUCUUCAUAAAUGGAAGAAACUUCUGAAUACCUUUCCUUCGAAUAAAAGCGUUGAUGAUCCAGGAAAAUUGGAAUCUUUCGAUCAGUCGAUGCAGAGUGACAGCGCCAAAGAUGGGAAAGAUUUCUUCUCAAGGCUUAUCAAGAGAGCUCUUGGAAAAUCAUCAAAUUCAAAUAAUAAUAACUACAACAGAGAUGAUGCGUCAGAUCUAGACCAACAAGAUUCACUGCCACACGAUUUGAACAAAAACAACGAAAACAAUGGAACCACUACACCUAAAAGAAGAACGAGCUCUUCAGCAUCGACUAACUUACGACAACUUGUAAAAAUAUUACCAACAAACAAGGAAAACAACGGAACAACAACAGAAAUACAAAGAAACAACACAGAAGAGUAUAUCGUCCAAGAUAACUCUAACAUACCAAAAGAAGAAGAUUCCAAAAGACAAGGAUCAGUGUCUUCCAAUUGGUCAGAUAAUAUUCCAGUAAUCACAAUUAGUGAUAUAGAGCAAGUCGAACUGAGAGAAAAACAGAAAAUCCCAAAUAUUCUAGACCCCAGUGAGCCUAACGCCUCUACGGGAGUCUCGUUCAAAGAAAAAAUCAAGCCAAAAGUUAAGUAUGCACUGAAGAAACAGAGUACAGAAAUUGAUGAAGAGUCAAUCCGUCAUUUCCAUAGGGAGAUCAUGAAACAGAGAUCCCAGACUCUAGUUCACGAUACUUUUCGAGAGGAACUCGAACUAAAGUCGCUAGAAAAGCCUAUCAAAAUGGAGGAAAGUCACAGAUCUGAUAACAACAGAGAUCAACCAUCAAAUGAAGAAAGUAGGGUCACAUUUAAAACUACCGAAUCAGAACAAUCUAGUUUGGAUAGGAAAGAUUCUGUUUUUUAUUGA